AGGCAACAAAUCUUACAACACGUUUCUGCGCAAAGGAGGCUAGGGCGAUGAUGGAUCCGAGUGUACGAGACUUGACAGCAGCGCUGGGGAAACGCCUAUCUUUAACAGUGGAGGAGGAUGUGGGUUUAGAUCUGGAUGACGGUGAUGAGGCGCAACGGAGCGGCGGCGGCGGCGCACGGUGGUGCCUUGUUGGCACAGUGCUAACCCGGAAAAAAUAUAACCUUGAAGCUAUGGAGAACACGCUAGCAGGCAUCUGGAGACCUGUUAAGGGCAUGCACAUGAGUAUUCUUGGAAACAAUUUUUUUGCUUUCUAUUUUUUUCAUCCGGUGGACAUGCAGCGGGUAUUAGCAGUUGGCCCUUGGCGUUUCGCAAACCAUGUCAUGGUUCUUCAAGAAUCAGCGGCGGGUAGACCAGUGAAGAAAGAAGACUUAUUUGAGGUUCCUUUUUGGAUCCAAAUUCAUGGGUUACCACCUGAUCGUUUGACGGCUGCUACGGGCAGGAGGAUUGGAGGGGCAUUAGGGAGGCUAGUAGACGUGGACACGGGGGAUGGCAUUGGGUGGGGAGUGGAAUAUAUCCAUAUUCGAGUCUUUAUUGACUCAAGAAAGCCACUGCGCAGAGGAAUGACGAUGACAGCGAAUGAAGGGCCUUUCUGGGUGGAUUUUUGCUUGGGGGUGAUGGAGCGCCCGUACAGCGAGGAUCUUCGUGCAGCUCCAAAAAGAGGCCAACAUGACGCUGCGUUACAGGUGGGGAGGUGGCUCCAUGAUGCUUCCGGUAACCCAGUGGAGACUGCGGCACGGCGGAGGAGGCCUAGCCAGUAUAUGGAAGGAAUGCCCAAUUUAGGAAGUCAGAAAUGUCAAGAUGAGAGCAGUCCUCGAAAUUGGCGUAUGAUUGAGAAAGUAACUGCAGGAUUUAUUGACCGAGAUUGUGGCAGAGAUUUUCUAGAGAAUCCUGUGAAUCCUACAGACAGGGAUAUAAUCUCGCAACUAGAGAUCAAUCAUGUUAAAAUAGGGCACCACCAUCCAAUCAAAAAUGCAGUCGAUCAUGGAAAUAAUGAAUCCGAAUCAACCCCUUUUGCGUCAGAGGGGCACAAUCACAGGCAAGAGGGUGAUCCGGUGGGACCUACCGACUUAUGCCCGCCGGCUGCAAUGAGUUUUUUUUGUUGGAACUGCCGAGGGCUUAGGAACCCUCGAGCAGUUCGUAGCCUCAUCGAGCUGGUGGGGUUGAAGAAGCCUAUAGUAGUGUUCCUUAGUGAGACACUACUAGAUAAGAAAGGAAUGGAACGUGUUCGACGGAGACUUGGUUUUCAGAAUUGUUUUACAGUUGCUCGUGUGGGGCAGAGUGGUGGUCUUGCUAUGUUGUGGCACUCUACUGUGAAAUUGUCUUUACUUUCCUAUUCCCAGAAUCAUAUUGACAUGGAAGUGGAUGGUGUAGGCACUUGUAAGUGGAGAUUUACAGGUUAUUACGGCCAUCUUGAGCGGCAAAACCGAAGGAAAUCAUGGGAGUUAAUUCGUGAAUUAGCCUCCCACUCUACUUUACCUUGGCUAAUUAGUGGCGAUUUUAAUGAUCUACUUCACGCAGAUGAGAAACGAGGAGGUCAACCACAACCUGAUUGGAUGUUGCAGGGCUUCCAAGAAGUCAUUGAUAAUUGCUGCUUGAUAGAACUACGUAUGGUUGGUGGAAUGUUUACCUGGCGUCGAAAUGAUUUAAUGGAAAAGUUGGAUAGAGGCUUGGUUACUCAUCACUGGCAAUCAAUCUUCCCCGGUGCAAAGGUCAGGUUGUUGCCCCCUUUAUCUUCUGAGCACUCCCCUCUAUGGAUUACGCUUGCUGAAAAUUAUACCAGAAAGAAUAGAAGGAGAAGAAAAUUCAGAUUUGAGGAGAUGUGGCUCCGGGAUAACAGGUGCCAAGAGAAGCAGGUGAAGCAAUGUAUAAGAUCAAUUGAGUCUAUAAGGCAGCAGCCAGUCUCGGAAUCCACAAUUGAAGAAGAGAAGAGACUGCUUACUGAAACGAGGAAUGGCUUGAAAGAGAAGAAAGCAUCAAGGCGCAAGGAUCACAAUACAAUCAAUAAAUUGCAAGGUGAGGACGGGGUGUGGAAGUAUGACUUUCAGGAUCUCCAACGUAUUGCUACUGAUUACUUCUCUACUUUAUUUUCCUCAUCGCAACCUACUGCCAUACACCGAGUUACUUGCUGUCUGCAACCGUGUGUGUCUAUCCAAGAUAAUGAGCUUUUGCUUCAUGAUUUCACUAAGAAUGACAUUACACAAGCACUGUUUCAGAUGCAUCCAUCAAAGGCACCAGGCCCUGAUGGUCUUUCCCCAGCUUUCUUUCAACAGUUUUGGAACAUUGUCAAGGAGGAUGUUGUGAGACCCUGUUUACAAUUCCUUAAUCAUGGAGGAGCCCUACCACAGGACUUGAAUUUUACUCAUAUUGUACUCAUUCCAAAACACAAUGAACCUAGGACAAUGGCUGACUUAAGACCAAUAAGCCUAUGUAAUGUGGUGUACAGAAUUCUAGCGAAAGUGCUGGCUAACCGCUUUAAGCAAGUUCUACAGACAGUGAUCUCCCAAGAGCAAAGUGCCUUUUUACCAAAUAGGCUAAUUACAAAUAAUUUCUUAAUUGCCUACGAAGUGCUUCACUAUAUGCAGAGUAGGAAGAAUAGAAAGAAAGGAUGGUCUCACUGCUAUGAUCAAAGGGCUGAAUACAGGAAGCAACUUCAUGGAAUCCGUAUAUGCCGGCAAGCUCCAAAAAUUUCCCAUCUCCUCUUUGCUGAUGAUAGUUUUCUUUUCUUACGAGCUACUGAAACUGAAGCAAAGAAUCUGAAGGCUAUUCUCCAAACAUAUGAGGAAGUCUCUGGCCAAGUUAUCAACUUCCAGAAAUCUUCCAUCACAUUUAGCUGCAGUGUCCGGCAGGGAUUGAGGGAUAGUAUCUCGUGUACUUUGAACAUGAUCGAGGCUGAACAACCAGGGCGAUACCUUGGCUUUCCAGCACAUGUGGAUCGUUCUAGAACAGCUACUUUUGCCAGCUUGAAAAGCAAAUUCUGGAAGCGUAUUGGUGAAUGGAGGGAACAGCCAUUAUCAAGAGUUGGUAGGGAAAUCUUAAUAAAGUCAGUGUUGCAAUCCCUACCAACAUACAUUAUGGGGCUAUUUCUUCUUCCUACUAGACUUUGUACAGACUUGGAAAGGAUUAUGAAUAGGUACUGGUGGGGGGGUGGAGAGGAGGAAUACAAGAUAUAUUGGCUGGAAUGGCGAAGAAUGGCUAUUCUGAAGAAGGACGGAGGCUUGGGGUUCCGGGCAAUGCAUGAGUUCAAUAUUGCUAUGUUAGGAAAGCAAGGUUGGAGACUCUUAACUAAUCCAGAUUCCCUAGCAGCAAGGCUUAUGAAGGCCAAAUACUAUCCUAGAACUGAUUUUUUACAUGCUCAAGUAAAGCCCACAUGCAGUCUUACAUGGAGAAGCAUUUGGAACUCUAUGGAUUUGUUGAAACAAGGUUGCCGGAAGCUUAUAGGAAAUGGGCUCAAUACAGAGAUAUGGGGUGAUCCGUGGCUCCCGGGAAACUCACAGUUCCAUGUCCAAACACCAAAGCCUACUGGAUGUGAGCUUCGUUAUGUUAGUGACCUCAUUGAGGAGGAAUCCCAUCAGUGGAAAGAAGAUUUAAUCUUGCAUACAUUUAGUGCUCAUGAAGCUCAGCUAAUUCUUUCUUUGCCUCUUAGCUGGACGAGGAUGGAUGAUAAUUGGACUUGGAACUUUACUCGGCACGGAAAAUAUGCUGUGAGAUCUGGCUAUCAUAAAGCUAUGGAGAUGCGAGGCAACCGAGAUAAUCCUUCGAGUUCUUCCUCCAACUUUAGAGGAAUGGGACACUGUGGAUUGGUCGCUGGACAUCUCCCCAACAUAUCAUUGAACAUGGUAUCACUUGGAGAAUAUAGGAAAUUAGUCUUGUCGAAAGGUAGGGGGGCUACAAUGGUACAAAGGAGAAGUGAAACGAGAUGGAGACCACCAGAGGCUGGCUUUAUAAAAAUAAAUGUGGAUGGGGCAAUUUCUAUGCAGAAUGGUGCGUAUGGGAUGGGUGCCGUAGCGCGAAACCAUCAAGGCGAAGUGUUGGCAGCAAUGGCAUGUAAGGGACAAGGAGUAGUAGCUGCGGAAAUAGCUGAAGCAUGCAGUCUGCGUAUGGCACUACAAUGGGCUCAUGAUCUCACUUUCAGAAAGAUUUUUUUGGAAACAGAUUGCGUAAGCCUAGUGACAGCAAUCAACAAUGAAUUUCUUUCCACAAAUUCAAGCCUCGGUGCUGUUCUUUCGGACUGUAGAGUACUAAUGACUUCCUUCAUGCAUUGCCAAGUCAACCACAUUCGUCGUGAAGGAAAUGCUGUUGCCCAUGAGCUUGCAAAACGAGCCCUCCAAGCUGAAGCAAAUGAGUAUUGGAUAGAAGAAGUACCAGUUGACAUAGCGCAUCUUGUAACAGGGGACCAUAAUGCUUCAUGAUAUGUAUUCUUCCUGUUUAUAUUAUUCAAUAAAGAAUGCGCAGCAUU